AUGAAAGGGUCCAUUUUUUUGCACACCCUGUUGUUGCUCGUUGGCAUGCAGGAAAGGAGGGCUGGGCGUGUGUACGCCCGACAAGGAGGGAGUAUUUGCGUGAGGAGGCACGCACAGGGUGAGAGGAAAAGGGCGUACAUAAUAAAUAUGAAAAGAGGGGGCCUGCAAAAUGGUGGGGUGAAACAGGCGAGGUGGUCUGGGCGGAUAAAAUUUAAGAAGCGGGGGGACCUCGCAUAUGGGACCAAGCAUUGUGUAAAAGCGGCGAGUGGCGUGAAUGCGUCGAACGGCGUAAGUGCGUCGAACAGCGUAAAUGCCGCCAAUACCGCCAAUACCGCUAACACCGCCAACACCGCCAAUAGCGCCAACAGCGACUGUGAGGCGCCUCCCAUCAAUGUGGCCAUCUUCGGGAGCAGCGGGAGCAUCGGCACGAACGCGCUGGACAUCAUUCGUGAGUGCAACCGAAUGAAGAAGCGGUUCAACGUGGAAGCCCUGUAUGUUAACAAGAGUGUAAAAAAACUGUAUGAACAGGCAAGGGAGUUUUUACCAAAGUAUGUAUGUAUCCACGAUGAGUCCAAAUACGAAGAGUUAAAAUUAUUGUUAAAAAACAUAAGAGGUUACAACCCAGAGAUACUAGUGGGAGAUGAUGGCAUGAAACAAAUGUGCAGAAGUAGCACACUUGAUAAGGUUGUAAUUGGGAUCGACUCCUUCCAUGGAUUAUACUCAACCAUUUAUGCAAUUAAAAAUAAUAAAAUUAUUGCACUAGCGAAUAAGGAGUCUAUCGUAUCUGCUGGAUUUUUUCUCAAAAAAUUAUUAACAAGUCAUACAAAAUCAUGCAUCAUCCCAGUGGACUCCGAACACAGUGCCAUCUUCCAAUGCUUGGAUAAUAACAAGGUAUUAAGGACACGAUGUCUUCAGGAUAACUUUUGCAAAGUGAAUCAAAUAAAGAAAAUAAUUUUAUCCUCCUCAGGUGGUCCCUUUCAAAAUGUCUCUCUUGAUGAGUUAAAAAAAGUAACAUCCGUAGAUGCUCUCAAACAUCCUAAGUGGAAAAUGGGACCCAAAAUAACCAUCGACUCUGCAACCAUGAUGAAUAAGGGUCUAGAAGUGAUUGAAGCUCAUUUUCUCUUCGACGUAGAUUAUAAUGAUAUCGAGAUCGUAGUGCAUAAAGAAUGUAUUUUCCAUUCGUGUGUCGAAUUUAUCGACAAAUCUGUCAUAAGUCAAAUGUACUACCCAGAUAUGAAGAUUCCGAUUCUGUUUGCUUUAAGUUGGCCUAAUAGAAUUGCUACAGAAUUACCAUCCCUUAACUUGGCUAGUAGAAAAGGUAACUUCUACCCAACUGUCCUCAAUGCAGCCAAUGAGGUGGCGAACAAACUAUUUUUGAAUAACAAGAUUGGCUACUUCGAUAUUGCUUCCAUAAUAUCAGACGUCCUGGAGUCCUUCACUCCACAGACCAUCUCCAACAACUGCGAAGAUUUGAUGAACCAAAUUGGGGAUAUUCACAGCUGGUCCAUGUGCAGAGCGACGGAGGUGUACCGGACCCGCUGUGGUGGAUCCCCGUGA